UUCUUGCCUUAUUUGACAGAAUUUGAACGAGGAUAUGGACUUUAAUGUGACUGGAAAUGGCUCGGGAAAUCGUCGAGUACGAAAAUCGCAAGAAAGCUACACAUCUGAUGGAGACAGUGGAGUGGGACCUGAUAGUCCUGGAUCCAGUCGCAAACCUUCGAUGGAGGGGCAUCCAGAAGUGAUAAACGAAGAUGAAGAAGUGGUGGAGCCAGAUCCGCAGUACAGUUGGAUGGUGGAAGAGUGCAUCCUUGCUGCCUAUGAUAAGAAAAGUGUCAAAUGUCCACUACACGGCGAUAUAUCGCUCGCACAUAUUGCCCCUGAUACGAUGUUCCUAGACCUGGGCGAAAGGCACCUGAUCCGUCCGAACAGCAUAACCAGAGGCCACCUGCUGGGCAGGGGCGCAUUUGGCUUUGUGUUCAAAGGCACGUGCAAAGUGCGCGGCUCCAAUGCAAGCAUCGAUGUCGCCAUGAAGAUGCUGCAGCCUGUCGCUCCUGGGCCCAAUGCUAGUCAGUCGGCCGUCAUUGCUUACAAGGGAGCUCAGGGCAAAUGGGACCGUGACCCCUUGCAGUACGCCAGUAAAGCCUAUUGCACAGCCAGACAGGAGCUGAACAUUUGCUGA